AAGAGAGAAGAUUAAUCCCUGCUCACGGCGAAGACGGGAGUCCGGAUGGCCCCUGUGCAAGGACAAUCCGAACACAGACAGGAAGAACACUUCCGGUUCCAGUGUCAUGUAAAGUAUGUGGAGACAAAAGCUACGGGAAACAUUAUGGAGUUUAUUGUUGCGAUGGCUGUAGCUGCUUUUUUAAACGGAGUAUUCGUCGAAAGAUGGUCUAUUAUUGUAUUGCAAAAGGUAAAUGCCAAGUUGACAAAACUAGACGGAACUGGUGUCCAUAUUGCCGUCUUCAGAAAUGUUUCAAAGCUAAAAUGAAUAAAGAUGCUGUUCAAGAAGAAAGAGGGCCACGGAAGAAUAAAACUUGUGCCAAAUUUACUGAAAUGAACCAAACCAGUGAAUCAUGCAAAACUUUUAGUAGCAGUAAAAGAAAUACUCAACAAGAAACUGCCAUUUCUUUCUUCCACAAGAACAAAGAGUUAACAGCAUCCUCACCAAAGGAAUACAAGGAUUCAUUCCAGUACAUUAGUGCUUUCCGACCAGUUGCUCCAAGAUCUCAACCAUUGCAACAUUUCUCAUGUUCCUUUUUCAACCAAAGUUUAAAUUUUCCUUUUCAACAAGCUGUGGUGCCAGUUCAAAUUUCAGGAAAAAAUGACUUGUGGGAUUCUUUGUUUGAACUCAGUACUAAUGUGCUCUCACUGACAUUGCAUCGAGUUUUAUCGAACCAAAUUCUCUUUUUGUUAAAACCAGUCAAUCAAAUGAUGCUAUUGGAACACAGCUGGAGUUGUCUCUUCUUACUAAGUUUAACACAGUGGCAAACAGAUUCUAAUAAAUUAGAUAUAUACAUUGAGAAUAAUCAAAGAGAAAAUUUUCAGAUGUUUGACAAAGAGGAUUUUGAAAGACUUCAAAAUUUUCUCACAUCAGGUCAGCUUCUAAGUGUUGACUUUAUAGAAGUGACAUCUCUGGAAACUAUUCUUCUUCUUCGGCGAAUGAAAGAAUUAAAUUUACUGGAGGAGUGUCGAGCAGAAGCUUACUUAGAGCAGUUGUACAUUUCAUUGUCUCAGUAUAUCAGUACCCAGUCCAAGGACCGUGACCCAGCUUCCCGGUUUGGUAAGAUGCUAAUGGCACUGGCUGAUCUGAACCUUCCCCGUGGAUUAGUAAACUUGUACUUUUUCAAAGGAAGAAUAGUAAACAUCCAACAUCUUUUCAAAAUUAAUAUCUGAUGAAUAGUUUCCAUGUGUGUUGUCACUUAUAUUCUAUUGAAUGUUCUUAAAACAAACUCUAACUUUUAUCUGUUCAAUGAUAUUUUAAGACAUUUUAUCUCUGCAUUAAAUGUUUGACCUUUUAUGUUGUAA